AAGAGAUCCUUUGUAUUGGAUCACCCAGAGUGUAAACCCACGCAUUCUUAGAAUUACCCAGUUACUUUAAUUUCAUUCCGCAAGAACAAAAAAGAGGAAAUAUCUUAAUAAGUACAUUCGUUCGACUUGAAUCGAACAUUAAAUAAGCCUGUAACUCGGAAGGGAAUAGAGACGUUAUCUGACGUAGUAUAUCAGUAAUUAUUUUAUGAUUUAAUUUGUAGGUGAAUGACGUUAAGGAACGGGAGAACCGGCCCCGAGGAAUAUUUAGCUAUUGCUUUUCAUUACUGCAACCAAAUCAACGACCUGACUGACCACUGAGAUUAUGGCAAAGAAACUUCCUUUCGUGGGAUCUCAAAGACAAACCAAAAAGGAUAAACCCUGAUGAGUUUUACUUUAAUUAUGACAAAAAAAAACUAAAACAAAAACCUGAAAGAUUCAUGGUAUUUUCCACCUGUCCCGAUGUAGUGUUCAUUCGCCAAUGUCACGUUUUUCCGAAGAAUUAGAUUUGUCGCUGUUUACAACAGAGCGUUUAGCGCCGCAUGAUAGUUCGAGGUGGGUCCCAGGCUGCUUUGGAUAUAAUUAGAUCAUGUUUGUCUCGUCAACUCACCAGGCAAAAGAACUUACUCCAAAUCACUUUUUUACAUUCAACAUGAAAUAUGUUUUACGCGAUAGCAGUCGCAUCGAGUUUAUUGUGUCUCUAAAACUUGUCCAAACACGAAAACAAGUUUUACUAAAAGAUUUGCGUGAUCAAUCAAAGACAUUGAAACUUUAAAACACUUCAUUCGAUUUCUUUGAGUGCACUCAACACAAAAGCAAACGUAAUUAUUGAGAAAGUUGAGACACGGGGGUCCUUAAGGAAACACGACCACCAACCUUCUAAACUUCUAUCCAUUCAGGGCUCUUUCUGGUAUAAAAGAAGUCAUCUCAGUGUUUCAUUGCCUUUCAACGUAGGAAGAAGUAACUUUCUUUUUCUGCUCCGCGCCAAAACUGUAUUGACGAAGCUACCAACCUAUUUGGAUCCCUCUGUCCUUUGUAGUCUAGCAAUGAAAUGCAAGAGGAAUUCGAAGUUGUUAGUCGUUGUUGUGAUUUUUCUGGUAUACGGACAAAUCUCGAGAGGAGAAUACGAUGAUUGGUGCCUUGACUACGAGUCCAGGAAAUGUGAAAAGUGGAAGGCUGGUGGACAGUGUCGAUCACCGUUUCGCCGUGUGCAAGUAAUGAUACGGAGAUUGUGCAUGGAAACCUGCAACUUCUGCGAGCCUCCAUCGCCUGAGGUAUGCUAUGAUGAAAAUCACGAGGUGUCCAAAUAUGGUUGUUGCUGGGACGGGAUUAACGCUGCCACCGGCCCAAAUGGACAGGGAUGCCCCGGUAACUAGUUUACACAAGCACUGACUAUAUGUAUUGUAUGUUCUAAACUUAUUUACAACGGCAAGAAAAUGCUAAAGAGGGAAUAAUGAGUCUAUGAAAAUGGAAAAACACAAGGAUUAAGACUAGGAAGAUUGAGGUGGUUUACAGAAGACGAAACAUUUCGAAACACCGUUGUUCAGUAGCUGUGCAUGUUGAAAAGCGAACUUCGUGCAAGAUCUGUGUUUAACCGAGGUUACGCGUACCUAUAAAGAAACACCUGCUUGCCAAUAAUGAAACAUAACGAA